AUGCAAAACGCCAUCAGUUCUGGUCAAAACAGCUCCAUCAUACAGCCUGCAGGAUUUUACAUUGUCGCAUUGAGUUCAGUGCCUUACAGUAAUGUCUAUGUCAUGUUCCUCACCGUGCUGUAUGUGAUCACAGUCAUAUGCAAUGUCUUUCUGAUCUCCAUUAUUGUCUAUGAUCAGCGUCUGCAUGUGCCAAAGUUCAUGGCUGUUGGUAAUCUGGCUGUGGUUGAUCUUAUUCUCAGCACUUCUCUGGUGCCUGGCAUGAUUAAGAUUUACAUCGUUCUUGACAAUUUUAUGCCGUUCAAGCUGUGUCUUGUGCAAAUGUACACUUACUAUACGUUUUUAAAAGUAGAGGCACUUUCCCUGUGUAUUCUCUCUUAUGACCGGUUCAUUGCCAUCUGUUUUCCUUUAAGACACGAAUCCAUAAACACAAACACCAGAAUGACUUAUAUUAUCUGUGUAAGCUGGUUCCUUUCUUUUAGUAUAUCACUAUACGGCACUUUAUCCAUCCCAGCUCUCUCAUUCUGUGGCUCUCUCCAGGUCAACAGCUAUUUUUGUGAUUACGCUCCUGUUUUAAGAGUUGCCUGCAGCGACACGGCAUCUCAGUUUAACUUUGGCACUGCCUCAAAUAUACUUUUUGUUAUUAUACCAUUUGCUUUUAUUUUCCUCACAUACGCGGGUAUACUGUAUGCUGUUUUCAGAAUGAAGAAUAACCAGAGCCGCUUUAAAGCACUGGCCACAUGCACUGAGCACCUCAUAUUAGUGGCCCUAUUCUUUUUUCCCAUUGUGAUUAUCUUCAGUCUUGGGUUAUUUGGGUAUAUUAUAAACUCUAACGUAAGAUCAGUGUGUUUAUCUAUGACAUCUCUCCUCACACCUUGUGUGAAUCCUAUCCUCUACUCACUGAAAACCAAGGAGAUUCGAAGCAGGGUGUAUUUUUUGUUACCGCAGAGACUCUCUGUUCAUCCUCUCAAAAGUGCACAAUAA